AGCGGCCUAGCGGGUUUCGUUGUUUCAAUUUUACAAGCGCGUAGAAACCAACAGCAGCACCUGUGCUGGCCGAUCGAUGAUGAGGUAGAAUACAAGGGUGCUAGUACGGAAAGUGCCCUAAACCAUCAGGGAAGAAGGGAUUCAAACCAAUCUUCUCAAUUGAAGGAGAACUAUCCCUUUUUAGGCUCUGCAUUCACGGGAGGUAGGGCGGCGGUCCAGUACGUCUAGGGCGAGUAUAAUAGUUGUGCAUGUGUGUAAUCAGGCUCAUCCCAUCUCAAGAGAUGUCCUCAGCGACAGAUACAGAGGCCACUGUUAGUGCAUUCGUCAACAAUAUACAUCCUAGUUUCGACUUUAUCAUUGCAAACACUGCAUUCUCUGCCUGUCUCUUUACCCUCUGUACAGUCCUUUUCGCCCUCUCCACCAGGGAGUCUCGACGCCGCGUGGUAUUCCGACUGAAUGUGUUUGCCAUCUGCAUCGUCCUAACAAUGGGUGUAUUGGUUGGCUUGACCAAUGGGAAGGCCAUAGUCGACCCGUACAAUCCGCUACCGACCAGUGUCUACUUUGCUGGCGUCGCCUUCUCUGUCUUCCCAUCAUUACCCUGCGACUCGAUAUUGUUGACUCGCCUCUUUGCGCUUUAUCCCCUCGGUAGUACACCUCUGGCCACUCUGAUAAAAAUAUUUGCAUUCCCGGCAUGCAUCAAAUGUGCCCGAGUGGUGGUUCUCACUCAUUUCCUCAUUAACUAUGUUAAAUCUGCGAGCGUGGAGGGUCUCACCCAGGACGAAGCCACCACCUGGUUCCGCAACCCUAAUUUGAUUGCUGAAUGGACGAUGCAAAUAGCAGACAACGCGUAUUCUGUUAUCCUUUUCCUUUACAACCUCCAUGUCCGCACAAGUUGGGUAAAAAGCGCAGGCGGAAUGCCAGCCCGUAUCCGUCAAAUCUUUUACAUUUCCGCCGCCAAUUUCAUCUUCCCCCUCAUCUUCAAUAUUGCACUAAUCAUCUUUGUCAUAACUGAUCAGUCCUUCACUAUCACCGGGCUGCUAUUGUUAACCAACAACUACGUAACCGUCAUGGGUGUGUUGUGCGCAACGCUCUGGUUCUCAAGACCGGAGUGGGCUCGUAGUUGGAAUGCGCCAUUAUCUGACGACAUACUCAUAUUCUCACUCAACCCGGACUUGCGAAGGGUACAUGGCACUGGCAGGAAUAGUGGGGGUGAAAUUAUAGUAGUUGGCAAGAGGUCUGCCACACCUGGUACCGCAGAUUCAGAUACUGGGCCCGUGACGAACUGCAGGCAAUCACUGACAGGAGCAGAUAAAAAUUUUAUGGUGUGAUCUCCAACCCCCCUAUGAAGUCAAAGCUGCAUUAUGAGUUAUCCUAUGUAUAUUUAGUUCAUUUGUGUCCC